GGCAGCCCCAGCGUGUCAUAUCUCCACUCACUUUAUUAGCGGACCGGCUAUCCAGCAACAGGAGAACGGCAGCUCCCAAAUGGCGCAAUUAAAACACAAAUAAACCGAUUCAUUUACCCCCUCACCCGGUUAUUUUUGAGUGGCCAUGGGUGACACAGAGCUGGAGCUCUCCCCCGCCCGGCUUGAAGAGCUGCAGAAGAGCCCGUCAGCCUCUUCUACCUCCACCACCUCCUCUCUGUCCCUGCCCUCUUCUCCCUCCUCUGGCCCUCAUCCACUAACCAGCUCCAGUCCGAGCACCAGCGAAGGCCUGUCCACCUCUAGCCCCCCUCUGGAUGUCAUAACCGAGGGAGUGGGUGAACUCAGCCUGGUGAUCGAUACCGAGGUGGCUAAGAAAGCCUGCCAGGAGGUUCUUCAAAAGGUAAAGUUUCUGAAAGGGGACGGAGAGGUAUCUCCAGCCAAUGCAGAGCCCGGUUUGGUAAACGGUACGGCGCACCAUGAUUCAACAGAUGCAGGAAGUGGUGGAGGAAAGCCUCAAAAGAUCAGCAAGGAGGAGGCGGAGCCAGUGAAAAGCGCGCGACGCCGUCAGAAGAACAAUUCCUCGAAGCAGUCCUGGCUUCUUCGGCUCUUCGAGUCAAAGCUGUUUGAUAUAUCAAUGGCUAUCUCUUAUCUGUACAACUCCAAGGAGCCCGGUGUCCAAGCCUAUAUCGGAAAUAGACUUUUCAGUUUCCGUAACGACGAGGUGGACUUCUACUUGCCCCAGUUGCUUAAUAUGUACAUUCACAUGGACGAGGACGUCGGCGAUGCCAUCAAACCCUACGUGGUUCACCGCUGCCGGCAAAGCAUCAACUUCUCCCUGCAGUGUGCCUGGCUGUUGGGGGCCUACUCUUCUGACAUGCACAUCUCCACGCAGCGGCACUCUCGUGGCACGAAGCUGCGCAAACUCAUCCUGUCAGACGAGCUCAAGCCCGCCAGCCAGCGCAUUCGCAGGGAAAUGGCGCAGCCUCCUCUCUCCUGCCCCCCUCCCCUUCAUCACGUUCAGGGAAUGAGCGAACACAGCCUCUCGCCAUCCAAACGUACGCACCAGCGCUCGAAAUCUGACGCCACUGUUAGUAUUAGCCUCAGCAGCAAUCUGAAGAGAACCGCAAGCAACCCCAAAGUAGAGACGAGUCAAGAUGAGGAUUUGAGCUCCAGCUCCGACAGUCUCGAACAGGAGGCUGGUACACCUGUGCGUCUAACUCCCCAGAGGGAAUUUAUUAAGUCUCUAAUGGGCAUCGGCAAAAGACUGGCCACUCUGCCAACUAAAGAACAGAAAACCCAGAGGCUGAUCUCCGAGCUGUCCCUUCUCAACCACAAGCUGCCUGCUCGAGUCUGGCUGCCCACAGCUGCUUUUGACCACCACGUGGUGCGCGUGCCUCAUACGCAGGCCGUCGUGCUCAACUCUAAGGAUAAGGCACCUUAUUUAAUCUAUGUAGAAGUUCUGGAAUGUGAGAACUUUGAGACGUCGAGCGUGCCGGUCAGGAUUCCCGAAACACGGAUCCGCAGCACACGCUCCGUAGAGAAUCUCCCGGAAUGUGGCAUUACGCCUGACCAGCGUGCCAGCAGCUUCUCUACGGUUCCCAAUUAUGACAACGAUGAUGAGGCGUGGUCUGUAGAUGACAUAGGAGAGCUGCAGGUGGAGCUUCCGGAGAUCCACACCAACAGUUGUGACAACAUCUCCCAGUUCUCGGUGGAUAGCAUCACAAGCCAGGAGAGCAAAGAACCAAUUUUUAUUGCAGCUGGAGACAUCAGGCGACGCCUGUCUGAGCAGCUUGCCCACACGCCCACAACAUUCAAGAGGGACCCGGAAGAUCCCUCAGCCGUCGCUCUAAAGGAACCAUGGGAGGAGAAAGUGAGACGAAUCAGAGAGUGCUCCCCCUAUGGGCAUCUGCCCUACUGGCGACUUCUUUCUGUUAUUGUGAAAUGUGGAGAUGAUCUGAGACAGGAGCUGCUUGCCUACCAAGUGCUGAAACAACUGCAGAUUGUCUGGGAACAAGAGCGGGUUCCCCUGUGGAUUAAGCCCUACAAGAUUUUGGUCAUCUCUUCAGACAGUGGCAUGAUUGAGCCGGUGGUCAAUGCUGUGUCCAUUCACCAGGUGAAGAAACAGAGCCAGCUGUCAUUGCUCGACUACUUCCGACAGGAGCACGGCAACUACACUACAGAGGCCUUUCUUACCGCUCAACGCAACUUUGUCCAGAGCUGUGCUGGCUACUGCCUCAUCUGCUACCUGCUGCAGGUUAAGGACAGGCACAAUGGAAAUAUCUUGCUAGAUUCAGAGGGCCACAUCAUUCACAUUGACUUCGGUUUCAUCCUCUCCAGCUCUCCACGAAACUUGGGUUUCGAGACAUCUGCCUUCAAACUCACCAGUGAAUUUGUCGAUGUGAUGGGAGGUCUGGAUGGAGACAUGUUCAACUAUUACAAGAUGCUGAUGCUCCAGGGCCUCAUCGCCGCACGCAAGCACAUGGAGAAAGUCAUCCAGAUCGUAGAAAUCAUGCAGCAAGGAUCUCAGCUUCCCUGCUUUCACGGCUCCAGCACCAUACGUUACCUGAAGGAGCGAUUUCACAUGAACCUGACGGAGGAGCAGCUGCAAGUGUUGGUGGAGCAGAUGGUGGACGGCUCCAUGCGUUCCAUCACUACCAAGCUGUACGACGGCUUCCAGUAUCUCACCAACGGCAUCAUGUGAGCAGACGGGCGUCUGGACAAGAGCACUAGAACUGGAAAAAGGCUGCACCGUUUUGAAAAAAACCACUCCCCCUGCCAUAAUCCCAACCCUAGCCCUGCUUGACUGAUUUUCCUUUGUUAUGGACUUCGCUUUUUUAUCUUAAAGAGGUCUUGAGAUGUGAAGUAACUGUCCUCUUUUCUCAACAGGCUUUCUAUUUGCUUAAACUCUCCUUGUCUUACGCUGUUCUGGAUGCCCUUAUAGAGUUUUUUACCCUGCUUUUCAGUGCCUCACUUAAACACUAGGCUGUGUACAGACUUUAACAUCCCAUAUUAUCAUCUGCAAUUUCUGUUUUUGCUCUACCACUUAUGUUUUCCUUACCUUGGGUGAUUUUAAAUCACUGAAUAACAUUCAACACAUCUGCAAUCUAGUCUCUGCCGAUUUGGCAAACAGGAGAUGCUGUAUCUAAGCCUGUAUAUUGCAUUGUGAAAUAAGAGAAUUGAGUGGUAAACAUUGCUGCUUUGUCCAGCUUUGUGAAGUCAGUGUUACAUUAAAUGUUUUCGAAGAGAACUUCAGCUCUCUCUUUUAGUCAGCACCGCACAAUGAAGAGAACCAUUACGCCGUGAGACUUUGCUUAAAGAGCCCUUGUGCAGUAAUAGGGUUAAUAAAGCUUUUGGAUGUUUUAAACUUCAAAACACCAAAGACACAGACCAGUGACUUCAACAUUUAGAUGAGAAUAUAUAAGUACACUUAUAUAAAAUAAUCACGACUUUAAAACAUCCUGGUCUGUUUUUCAAGGGUUAAAUAAGUUGUGUUUCCAAAGGUCCUGGUUGCUAUUUUUUAAAUGUUGCAGACUGAAACAUAAAAAGGCAGACUAACAGGCAAAAACACUAUUUAUUACCCCUUUACAAACAGUUCAUAUAGUUUUCGGAAAUACACUUUCUUGUUUGUAGAUUUCAUUUUGUUGUUAUGUUUGACACAAGUUAUCUUAGUUGUGCUAAUUUGUACAGCCUGAAUUUAUCAUUUUUAUUUCUUCUAUCUGACCUCAAGUUACCUGAGGUGGGUCAACCUUGUUUAAAUUGUGAGCCACUGGAGUUUUUUCUUUUUUUGUGGGAGAGGAGUUGUUCAGAAGCUGUUGCACAAGAUUAGAUUGACAAAUGAAUGCUGCUCAGAUUUUAGAAAGAGAAAUGGAAAGGGCUAUGAAUAAAUGGGGGUAAUCAACCCGUUAAAUCUUUGUUUUAAUUUCUUUACAUGUACAGGUGUACGAUUCCUUGCUUAGUUUUGUUUUUAUUAUUUUUAUUUUAUUUUCAUAGUAAUUGGGGUGUUAAGCCUCUCAUAUGUUUUUGUGACACCUGUUCUAUUUAUCCGUUUCUUAACUAUUUUAAUUCGUCUUCUCAGUGAAAGCCACAUAUUCCUUUCUGUGUAAAGACAGCUUAGAUGUGUACGUUUUCAGCUGCUUCUCUUUACUAUUUUAAACUUCUGUUGUUUCAAUGUCAAACUCUUUCUUUCCUUUGAAACUUGUAAAAUGGACCAGCUCUUAAGAUCAUGUGAAUAACCUUCCUUUGUGAAUGUUGCUUUGUAUAAUAAAUUAAAUGUACCUAUUCCACACA